AUGAAAUAUGUUUCAGAAGUAAGAGAGGGGAACCUCACUACGGUGACGGAGUUCAUUCUACAGGGAUUACCCAACCAUCCGGAGCUGGAAGUGCCUCUCUUCUUCAUCUAUCUGGUCAUUUAUAUCCUUACGGUGCUGGGGAAUAUCCUCAUCAUUCUCAUCACUAUGGACCCAGCUCUCCACACCCCCAUGUAUUUCUUUCUCCGGGUCUUAUCCUUCCUGGAGAUCUGGUACAUCUCGGUCACCAUCCCCCAGAUGCUGGUGAACUUCCUUUCAGAAGUCAAGAGCAUUUCCUACAUAGGAUGCGCAGCCCAACUAUUCUUCCUGUUCUUCUUUGGGAUCUCCGAGUGCUUCCUUCUGGCCUGUAUGGCCUACGACCGCUACGUGGCCAUAUGCCACCCGCUGAGGUACCACCACAUCAUGAACAGGAGGGUGUGCUUGGCCUUAACUGUUCUCUCCUGGAUCUAUGGUACCAUCGUAUCCCUUGUACAGACAAUCUGGGUUUUCACCUUCCCCUUUUGUGGGUCCAACCAGAUCAAUUAUUUCUUCUGUGACGUCACCCCGUUGAUUACGCUGGCUUGCACGGAUACCUCCUUAUUCGAACUGCAGUUGUUUACGAUUACCAUGCUGUGCAACUUCAUUCCAUUUUGUCUCAUUCUUCUUUCCUACAUUGUUAUUAUCUCAACCAUUUUCAAAAUGGCCUCGGCUGAAGGCCGGCAGAAGGCCUUCUCUACCUGCUCCUCCCACCUCAUUGUGGUGAUGCUGUAUUAUGGCGCCAGUGGCCUGAUCUAUUUACGACCCAAGUCCACGACCUCUCUGGAGAGCAACAAAGUGAUUGCUCUGCUGUACACAACUGUCACCCCCAUUCUCAACCCCGUCAUCUACAGCCUGAGGAACAAGGAGGUGAAAGGGGCGCUGUGGAGAUUUUUUGGGGGUGGGCUGAAAAGAAACACUAUUCUUUCCCAAAAAACAAUCGGAGUCCAGAUCUUGUUGUCAGAUCAGUUGUCCAGCAGUCGAAAUCCAGAGUAG